AACCUGGCAAAAUGUCUUCAUUAUAUCAAACGCAUCGGACCCAAUAACAUUAAAUCCAAUCCAGGCUAAACAAGCACCUCUCCUCUGAUGGCCUCCUUCUUACAACAACUAAGACUACUUCUCUGGAAGAAUGGCCUGAGUGUCACCCGGCAGCCAGCCUGGUCGCUGGCUCUCCUUGUCUGGCCACUUGUGAUCUUUAUUAUCUUGGCGAUCACCCGUUCACAGUUUCCUCCACAACUCAAAGACACAUGCUAUGUGGCACCUAGAAAUCUUCCGAGCGCCGGAUUCUUCCCUUUCCUGCAGACACUCAUGUGCAACACCGACAGUACAUGCACCAACAAAUCCUACCUAACAGAAGGACAGUCCAAAUCGUAUUGGUACACGGGUCAUCGUCACCGCAGGGAUGCUGAAUCUCACAGUUUACCAACACUGCUUCAUGGAUUCCCUCCACUGGCCCAUCUACAGAAGGGAGGACUGGUUCACUCAAUCCUUAAAAGGGAUGCAUCAAAUCCAGAGCUCCUAGAGCUAUGGGACAGGAUGCUCAAUUCCAGCUUUCAAAACAUUCCCAAUGUGACUUCAGUCAUGGAUACUUUUAACAACACUGCACUGGUUGAUCAGACAAUGGAGUCAGUUUUGGAAUCUGUGAAUGUCUUGAAAAAAUCCUUAUGCAGCUUCUCCAUGACUGCCAUCAACACAUCAGCCAGUACCCAGGAUCUCUUUACGAAAGGCUUAAUAAACUUCUGCAGUUCCAAUGACACUGUUCUGGAAGCAUCCUUACUCACCCUGAACCAGGAGCUGACAGAAAUGCUGCUCAGUAACCCGACAGAAAUAUUGGGAUCGAUUGGAGGCACUGUGGUGGUCCUAGAUAUGCUUCAACAGGAGACGUCACUGUGGGACUUCCUGCUUGGCCUGCCUGAUCUCUUCUUGAAGCCCACAGAUGAAGAGAUAUUAAAUGUUGGAGCAGGGGAGUUGGAAAAUCUUAAGAAUACCUUGACCUUCCUUCGGAGGACUUUCCCUCAGGCCAACAUCUCUACUGAUGUCACAAACACAGCUAUCACUAAAGGCAUUGGCUUUCUCAACUACAUGAGUGACUGGAAAGGGAGAGAUGUGUAUUUCAAACUGAGUGAUGUCGUGACCCCAAGCAGCAUUGUUCUACUCAACUCAGACGUGAAGGACCUUAUCAACCAAAUCAAGAUUCCUCUCGAUCAGAUUCUAGUGCUGUUCAAGGAGGCAGACUUUCGUACCUUUUUAUGUGACCAAAACAUCACCGCCUCCUAUUGUUGGAGUUGGGAAGCGGGCCUGAUAUUUGAAGGGGUAAAUACGUGGAAAGUUGUUGAACAGGUACUGUUGGCUUGGAGUCAGACCUCUGCCUCAGCUGACCUGGCCUUCACUAAAGACGUGUUCGGCAGCUUGCUGGGCCUAGUGUCUCCAUCGAGCCUGGAUGCUGUUCUCAAACACAGCAGGUCCCAGCGCAGCAGUGACGCUCAGCCACAGAGCCUGGGGGAACAAUUAAUCUUCGGAUUAAGCAAUUCAGCAUUUCAUUUUCUACAAGGCAUGCCUGGUUGGGAAUACAUUCAGACUUUUAUGAUGGCUGGCCAUUCAUCAAUGCAGAUGGCAAAAGUUGCAAUGGAAGUACAGCUACCAUUCAUUGAUGAGGUCCUGAGGGAUGCCAAGUAUGUCCAGGAGGCCUUCCUUUCUCUAAUGCAGAAUGAGACCUUUGCUAAUGCCUGGGCUGACCUUGCCAUGGACUCUAUUGUGCAAACUGUGGCCAAGAUUCUAGAGGGUCACACUAGCUGCAAAGACCUUUCUGCUCCCUGGGCUUGGAUGUCAACCUACAGCUCUAUAAACCUUAAGUUGUGGGGCACUCUAGUUUGCGCUGGGAAUGACACACGUCUUGAGGAAAUGCUGUUAACAUCACUUUUGCCAGUAAAUGAGAAGGUCCAACAGUUGGUUGGUGUAGUGAAUGGAACUGUAAUGUACAAUGUCACACCCUCAAUACUUAUGGCAGAGUGGCACAGUCUAUACACAACCUCCCUUCAGUAUGUCACUGCCCUCCAGAAAUUGCAAACUGAGCUUAAUGAGGACUAUUUUGCAGCUUGGAUCCCAGGGAACAUUUCAGUUGGAUUAUCCCAGAUUCUGUUGACCAGGGUUACUGGCACAUUUGAGAACAUGGGUUCUUCACUAGAGAACAGCUCUCUGUGGCCCUCCAUGGAACCAUAUUUCCACAUGGCUUAUUGGAUUUUGACCUACCAACCUAAUGCCACUGCAUCACCAAACUGCACUCUGACCCUUCCUGCCUUCACCUGUCAGACCGGCUUUACCUGGGAAACAGCUGGUCUUUUGUUUCAUUCUUUGAUCUCUAAAGUGUCAAGAGAACCUGCCAGCCUAUUAAGACCUCUCCAGGGGACAGUGGCUCUCCUCCAAAACAGUUACUUGGCACUUUUGCAGCAAGUCAUUGCCAAUGGCCUACCUGGUCAGCUACUUGGUAGUGACAUUUCACUAAAAGACUUGUUGCUGGACCUCAUUAAUACAGUUGAUAAAGAAAUUCAGCUCCUCUCGAACAUUGAUUCCACACAGCAGUUUGACACUCAGCUCUUAAACGACAUCAUGGCGGCUCUUGGACUGGGGCAGAUAGAGAACCUGUUGCCAGGAGGUUCCCAGACAACCAGCAUGCACCCAAUCAUCAUGGGCGUCCUUCAGGUCUUGAACAAUGGGUCCAUCCAGAUUCUAAACAUAGAGGAGGGUUUUGCAGUUCUUCAAGCAAUUUUGAGCCAACUUGGAGCCAUCUUGCCUCCAGAGCAGCAGUAUCAGUUAGAAGCAGGGCUAAAUAAGACUCAUGAUCUCAUUCGAAAUCUAGAGAUCUGUUCAGCUCUUGGCCAGGACUGUGUAGCUGAUAUCCAGAAUGUAAUUGAUAAUCUUGGUGCAAUGCUUGUAUUUGGAAAUAAUAUCACCAUCCAAAUAACACCUCUUUGGGGUAACAUGACUCUCCCUGUUGCGCUUGAUAUGCUCGCUUUGCUUCUGCCAUGGAACAUGUCCCGGCCAGCGGAAGCCUCAAUGGAAAUUUCCAGGAAGAUUCAAUAUCUUCUUGACAAGGCUUAUGCAUCUCCUAUGUUCAACAUCAGUCAAAGUCUACAAGCCUCCAAUCUCACCAUUUCUGAAUUAGAACAAGUAAAUUCUGUAUUUCAUUCUAAUUGGUCAACAGCCAUUCUGCAGACUCUGAAUAUGGCCAUUAAAAUCCCACAGUGCGUGAACACUCAAACCACACAGUCUCCCCAAAAGCCUCCUGCUAAUGGACAGGUCGAAUGCAUCCUUCAGCUCAUCCAGACUGCUUCUGGUUUACUUGGAGUAAUACCUGUGGCAGAGAACGCUCAAAUGACUCUUAAAGAUUUGCUUAACAUCACUGCGGUAGAGUAUCAGAAGCUAAAUAACAUGUCCAUCUCUGGAUCUGGCCCACUUGCAUUGACAGAAGAGGUGCUGAUAACAACAUUGUCAGCCAUCAGACAAAACCUUCAGGGUCUUGAUGUAGAGAACAUCACUGAUAUUACAAAUGAGCUCAACAUUCUGGAAGACCUCUUGAAAAAUGUAUUCAGAGAACAAUACCCAUACCACACCAUUAAUUCAACAUUGAUGGUGCAGGGGCAGUAUGCACAGAAGGUGUAUGGAGAAAUCACACUGUGGUAUUUAAACAAGCUUGGAAAUGACACCAGUGGCAGUAUGUUUGCAGAGAUUCUCCAUCAACUGAAAUGCAUGACUGAAAUGCAGGUGGCACUCAUCACUGCAAAAGCAGAUAUGGUGACUCUAACAAUGAAUCAGAUCCAGAACUUGACCCAUGUGAGGUUUCCUCCGGAAGGUGAAGAUCUUGUAAAAGUUGCCAGUACAAUCAUGACCAUGCUGCAGGGUGAGCUGGCAUUGAUUAAAGGAAAUCUUGAGAUCCAGCAGGCCUUCUACAAUUCUCUAGGCUCCCCAAUGAACAUUAGUAUUCCUGCUGAAAUUGAAGGUCAGAUCAUGACCUACCUCAGCUUGACAAGGGAGUGGAUCACUAACCCACAAGUGAUGACUGUACUUGCUACAAUUUUCCAGUGGGAAAUUAGCUCUAUAGAUAUCACAACACCUGGGAAGGAUAUUGAACAUCUCCUCCAAGCCAUGGCUCCCCUACUCUCCCCUGAGGACAGAGCCUUCCUGGCUGUUGCUGGGCAGGUGUCUCAGACACUAACCUACACUCUACAUGUGGCUAGCACUGAUGGUGGUCUCCAAAGUGAAAAUUUUACAGAAGCUGUCAUUAGCACAGUCAGAGUGGUUCUGGAGAGUAUUUCUAAUGAAACCGGAGCUCUACCUCAGGAUGUGGUUAACAAUAUUCUUGGUGCGUUCAACGGUUCCCUUCAGCUGAUCCUAAACUCCAAUAUGAGCUAUGCCCAAGCUAGCACCCUCACACAGGAGACUAUCCAGAUGGUAGAGGGAGCGAUUCAUACUCUUUUACCAGCGGAGGCAGUUGUGGUGCUGGUUCCCAUUAAAAACAGCAUUUUAUCCUAUCUGAAUAAAAUCUACCAGCCUGCUGGAUUUGAUCAAUGGAAUGAACUCAUUAUGAAUGUGUUGACAGAGCUUCAGAAUUCCCUGCCAUCAAACAACACAGCUCAGCCCAUCAUAUCAAUGAUAAUCAAGGUCACAGAAAACCUUCUGAGCUCAAAUGAAGGCAACUUGACCAGGGACUGGAUCAUUAACCAACAAGUGACAAUGGCACUCGCCGCAAUCUUCCAGGGGAAUGUUAGCUCUGUAGAUCUCGCAGGAGCUGAAGUGAAUCUUGACCAACUUUUGCAAGCCAUGGCUCCCCUACUCUCCCCUGAGGACAGAGCCUUCCUGGCUGUUGCUGAGCAGGUGUCUCAGAUACUAACCUACGCUUUGCAUGUGUCUAGCACUGAUGGUUGUCUCCAAAGUGAAACCGUUACAGAAGCUGUCAUUAGCACAGUCAGAGUGGUUCUGGAGAGUAUUUCUAAUGAAACCGGAGCUCUACCUCAGGAUGUGGUUAACAAUAUUCUUGGUGCGUUCAACGGUUCCCUUCAGCUGAUCCUAAACUCCAAUAUGAGCUAUGCCCAAGCUAGCACCCUCACACAGGAGACUAUCCAGAUGAUAGAUGGAGCGAUUCAUACUCUUUUACCAGCGGAGGCAGUUGUGGUGCUGGUUCCCAUUAAAAACAGCAUUUUAUCCUAUCUGAAUAACACAGUUGUACUGAUGUACUUUUUAUUUUUUAGCAUUAUAAACAUGAUGACAGAGCUUCAGAAUUCCCUGCCAUCAAAUAACACAGCUCAGCCCAUCAUAUCAAUGAUAAUCAAGGUCACAAAAAACCUUCUGACCUCAAAUGAAGGCAACUUGACAAAGGACUGGAUCAUUAACCAACAAGUGACAAUGGCACUCGCCGCAGUCUUCCAGGGGAAUGUUAGCUCUGUAGAUCUUGCAGGAGCUGGAGUGAAUCUUGACCAACUUUUGCAAGUCAUGGCUCCCCUACUCUCCCCUGAGGACAGAGCCUUCCUGGCUGUUGCUGAGCAGGUGUCUCAGACACUAUCCUACGCUUUGCAUGUGUCUAGCACUGAUGGUGGUCUCCAUGGUGAAAACUUUACAGAAGCUGUCAUUAGCACAGUCAGAGUGGUUCUGGAGAGUAUUUCUAAUGAAACCGGAGCUCUACCUCAGGAUGUGGUUAACAAUAUUCUUGGUGCGUUCAACGGUUCCCUUCAGCUGAUCCUAAACUCCAAUAUGAGCUAUGCCCAAGCUAGCACCCUCACACAGGAGACUAUCCAGAUGGUAGAUGCAGUGAUUCAUACUCUUUUACCAGCGGAGGUAGCUGAGGUGCUGGUUCCCAUUAAAAACAGCAUUUUAUCCUAUCUGAAUAACAUCUCCAAGCCUGCUGGAUUUGAUCAAUGGAAUGAACUCAUUAUAAACAUGAUGACAGAGCUUCAGAAUUCCCUGCCAUCAAAUAACACAGCUCAGCCCAUCAUAGCAAUGAUAAUCAAGGUCACAAAAAACCUUCUGAGCUCAAAUGAAGGCAACUUAACAAAGGACUGGAUCAUUAACCAACAAGUGACAAUGGCACUCGCCGCAAUCUUCCAGGGGAAUGUUAGCUCUGUAGAUCUUGCAGGAGCUGGAGUGAAUCUUGACCAACUUUUGCAAGCCAUGGCUCCUCUACUUUCCCCCGAGGAUAGAGCCUUCCUGGCUGUUGCUGAGCAGGUGUCUCAGACACUAACCUACGCUUUGCAUGUGUCUAGCACUGAUGGUUGUCUCCAAAGUGAAACCGUUACAGAAGCUGUCAUUAGCACAGUCAGAGUGGUUCUGGAGAGUAUUUCUAAUGAAACCGGAGCUCUACCUCAGGAUGUGGUUAACAAUAUUCUUGGUGCGUUCAACGGUUCCCUUCAGCUGAUCCUAAACUCCAAUAUGAGCUAUGCCCAAGCUAGCACCCUCACACAGGAGACUAUCCAGAUGGUAGAUGCAGUGAUUCAUACUCUUUUACCAGCGGAGGUAGCUGAGGGGCUGGUUCCCAUUAAAAACAGCAUUUUAUCCUAUCUGAAUAACAUCUCCAAGCCUGCUGGAUUUGAUCAAUGGAAUGAACUCAUUAUGAAUGUGUUGACAGAGCUUCAGAAUUCCCUGCCAUCAAACAACACAGCUCAGCCCAUCAUAUCAAUGAUAAUCAAGGUCACAGAAAACCUUCUGAGCUCAAAUGAAGGCAACUUGACCAGGGACUGGAUCAUUAACCAGCAACUGACAAUUGCACUUGACAGAAUCUUCCAGGGCAAUGUUAGCUCUGGUGAUCUUGCAGGAGCUGGAGUGAAUCUUGACCAACUUUUGCAAGCCAUGGCUCCCCUACUCUCCCCCGAGGACAGAACCUUCCUGGCUGUUGCUGAGCAGGUGUCUCAGACACUAACCUACGCUUUGCAUGUGUCUAGCACUGAUGGUGAUCUCCAAAGUGAAAACUUUACAGAAGCUGUCAUUAGCACAGUCAGAGUGGUUCUGGAGAGUAUUUCUAAUGAAACCGGAGCUCUACCUCAGGAUGUGGUUAACAAUAUUCUUGGUGCAUUCAACGGUUCCCUUCAGCUGAUCCUAAACUCCAAUAUGAGCUAUGCCCAAGCUAGCACCCUCACACAGGAGACUAUCCAGAUGGUAGAUGCAGUAAUUCAUACUCUUUUACCAGCGGAGGUAGCUGAGGUGCUGGUUCCCAUUAAAAACAGCAUUUUAUCCUAUCUGAAUAACAUCUCCCAGCCUGCUGGAUUUGAUCAAUGGAAUGAACUCAUUAUAAACAUGAUGACAGAGCUUCAGAAUUCCCUGCCAUCAAAUAACACAGCUCAGCCCAUCAUAUCAAUGAUAAUCAAGGUCACAAAAAACCUUCUGAGCUCAAAUGAAGGCAAUUUGACAAAGGACUGGAUCAUUAACCAACAAGUGACAAUGGCACUCGCCGCAAUCUUCCAGGGGAAUGUUAGCUCUGUAGAUCUUGCAGGAGCUGGAGUGAAUCUUGACCAACUUUUGCAAGUCAUGGCUCCCCUACUCUCCCCUGAGGACAGAGCCUUCCUGGCUGUUGCUGAGCAGGUGUCUCAGACACUAACCUACGCUUUGCAUGUGUCUAGCACUGAUGGUGGUCUCCAUAGUGAAAACUUUACAGAAGCUGUCAUUAGCACAGUCAGAGUGGUUCUGGAGAGUUUUUCUAAUGAAACCGGAGCUCUACCUCAGGACGUGGUUAACAAUAUUCUUGGUGCUUUCAACGGUUCCCUUCAGAUGAUACUGAACCCCAAUAUAUAUUUCAUGCAAGCUAACCACCUCACACAGGAGACUGUCCAGAUGCUAGGGGGAGCUAUUCAUGACCUUUUGCCAGCAGAGGUGGCUGAGGUGUUGGUUCCCAUGAAAAACAGCAUUUUAGCGUAUUUGCAGACCAUCUCCCAAUCUUCUGGACCUGACAAAUGGAAUGAAGUCAUUGUGAAUAUAAUGAGAGAGCUUCAGAAUUCCCUGCCACCAAACAACACAGCUCAGCCCAUCAUCUCUGUGAUCCUUAAGGUCACAGAGUAUAUUCUAAACUCAAAUGAAGGAUAUACAAACAUAUGGCACAACCUAGGAAACUUCAGUCUUGGCAGCCUAAAUGAAAUAACAGAACAGCUUGCAGUCUUUCUGGGCACUAUGUCACCAUUCAUGUAUGAGUCCGUCCAGACUGUCACAGAAUCUGUAGGCGUUCUGGUCCAGAUCCUUUCCGGGAGUGCUGACCAGCUGACCUUUGACAAGUUGGAGGACAUGUUGGCUGCUCUGUUUUCAACCUUUAAAGGUACUCCAAUGUGGGAUUCAUUGCCGUCUGUCGUGUCCACAAUUCAACAAGCCAUUGUCAACAGUGCUCACAACAUGCAGGCACAAACAGAGCUCCUCUACGUCCUCCAGCAGCCAUUGUCCAACCUUUUGUCUGGCAUUUUUCAUGUUAUGAACACAAGCAGUUUCACUUCUCAGUCCUUUGUUGGUGGAUUGUCACAGGCCCUUUUGUCAACUGCAGAAGCUGCUCUGCAGGCUUGUUUGGGGGGUCAGAGCCUGAACUGCAGCUACGUGCAGCAAAUAUGGCAGGAUGUCAGAGCUGGUGCUGGAAUAAGCGAAGACACUGUUGCUUUGUGGUGUAACAACAGCCUACUGCCAGUCAUAGCAGCCUUUGAUAAACCAGCUCCAGCCUUCAAUAUGACGGGAAUGAACCCUCUAUGGAUAAACGCCACUGCAGGAAUGAUGGCAGAGUCACUGGAGACUUUCUAUGGGGCGAUCCUGAACAAUACCUUUGCUAGCAAUCACCUUACAGAAGUCCUGUUGCAUACAUCAAUGCUAUCCAACCUCUCAGUGCUAGAAAUAACAAACCAGGCUGACUGGAAUGCCCAACUCUUCCAGAUGCAGCUGUACCAAAGUCUCUCCACAGUACAAAUGGCUCUGGAUCAAAUUAAGAGAGAAGCUCCCUGGAUGACGCCAUACAUCGAGGCAGCUGGAAAAACUAUAGAGGUCAUCCUCCAGAACGGCAAUCUCCUCCAGUACUCAACUGCAAGCCCUCAGAUCAUCAUGCAGGCUCUGGAGAUCACGCUUACUGGAAUGAAUUUUACAAAGGAAACCAUUAAUUAUAUCCUGAGUGGAGACAUAUUUAUGAACCCAAAUGGAAGCACAGUUGACAGCUUAAUAAAAGAGGUUAUCCAGCAAAUCAUUGGUACGGGAUUGCUGGGAGACUGGCCUACCCUUUAUGGAGUAAUGCAGCAAGUUCUGUAUUUGGAAGAUACAAGUGGCACCCUAUGGAAAACUGUUGAAUUUUUCAACUGGCUGUUCACUACUCAAGAUACUGGGCUACAUUUUGUCUUGGAGAUCCUGCGCCAGUUAUAUGAGAUAGUAAGAGAUGCCCUAACCAAGAUGCCACUGCCGUGCUUCUCAGAAACCUUUAUUGACCUUUUUGGGAAUGUUUUGUACAUGCUGAAACAGAUCAAACUAACCAGUGACCUCUUCGACCCUGUGGAACAAUAUCUAAGCCCACUUAAAAUGCAAAUUGCUCAGGGACAGAACCUGCAAGGUCUUGUGUCCCACACAAGAAAUGCCAGAAGAAUUGCUAGCGAAGUACAGAGAGAGCCAGUGGAUGACUUCCUUGAUCUUCUUGACAUCGAUUACCAAGCUUUGCUUGAAGUUCUUUCCAUUCCACCCACCUCGACUGAAAUUAUGGAGACUGUCCAUGUUUUCUUUGCAAAUCCAGAUUUGGGUGUCAUCCUGAAGGGUUAUUUGAAAGAAAUGACUGGAAGCACAAGUCAGGAGGAAACCAUUGACACAGCUCUGAAUGUGCUGUCCUACUUGACACUCCCUAGCAAUGGGCAGCAGUUUCUGGAGAUGUUCAUGGACAUCGGUAGUGAAGGGUGGAGUUUGCAGGACCUUGAUAAAGUAGAGAAACUUGCAGAGAGCCUAGGAAGAACAAUUGACGUGGCCAUGGUGCUAUCCGACCAGCCACCCCUGAACGUUCCUCAAGGAAUUGAGCACAUGGCCCAGCAACUUCAAGCUUCGGUGUCAAAUAUCAUCUCACAGGAUGGAAAUGGCACCAACACUGCGAUCCAAUUCCUUACGGCUCUCAACAGCAUCCUUACCGAGAACUUUGAAGAAAGCAAGGCCAUCAGCCCUCAGGUCACUGGCAUUCUCCAAAACUUAAUUGGCUCGUUUUCCAGUCCAGGGUCGCAGAUGAGCAUAGCAUCCUAUUUGGCAGCCGUUAAUCAAACUGCAGAAGCCUUCACCUCACUUCUCUCUGGAGAGGUAGCUGUGUAUUUCAACAUAUCUGGACAAAUGCUGCAAGCCUUUGCAUUGCUCGAGGCAUAUCCCAGAGACAUAGAAAAAGUCAUGAUGUCCACCAGCAAGAUUUCUAACUCCCUAAACCAUGUUCUUGCCCUCUCGAAUAUUACAACUCUUCCAAAUGGACAAUAUGUUCAAGAGGUCACCCAUCCCUUGAUCCUUAGCAGUGCCAUGGCCAACCACAUUCUAUUCAACCUCUCCAUGUCAAACUAUAGUCUGAGCAGUAAUGCUGAGAGGGAGAUGCUUUUGACCCAGACGUUCAAUCAGAUGGUUGUCGUUCUUCCCAAGGAAACGCACAUUUACCUCUUUGCUAUCAAAUCGGCUCUAUUCACUGCCCUCUCUAAAGUAUCCAACACUGCAGAAAUCGCAUCCCACUUCCCAGAAAUCUCCCAGCUGGUUACACAGUCUCUUCUCAACUCUCUAAACAUUACUUAUGAUCCGACAUCCACGCAUAUGACUCCAGAUGGCCUUGUUUACAUCUUCAUGACCGUGUCUAAUCAAGUGUCCAUGAGUCUCUGCCAAGGCCUUAUGUUAUCCGGUUCCCCUAUCCAAAUCUCACAAGCAGUGAACUCUUUAAGUGAGGUUGCAUCUUCCAUAUACUCGAUAAUGCCUGUUGAGGGACGGCCAUACAUCAAUAUCACACUCAACCUAAUGGAGACAAUAUCUUUUGUUCUUAAUGACACCAGCACCUUUGGGGAUGUCAGUGGCGCUGUAUCUCAAGUAGUAAGUUCUGUCAACAACCUUCUGGCCAUGGCGCACCACAUGAACACAAACUCCUCCAGCAGCAUUAUAGGUGACCUAGAGCAGACCCUUAAGAGAAUCCUAAUGAUCAUCCAGGCAGACCAAAGCCCUCUCACCCAAACGGCUGAUAUUACCCAGCAGAUACUGCACACCAUCCAAAAUCUCAUCUCGCUGGGCAAUAGCAGCAGUGUGGAGUCUGAACUCCCCAAAAUAGUGCUGGGGGCUUCUAGCAUGAAUAUCGGCCAUCUGCUGGGGAUGAAUGACUCUAACUGGACUGACAAGCUGCCUGUGCUGUUGACAAACCUCGCUAAUAGCCUUCCAGAAGACCUGCAGUAUUCUUCUCUUAUUAAGUCCAUCAUGAGAAGUCUGGCCAACGAAUCCCAAGAAAAUCUGCAUCUUCUACUGCAAGUGCUAAACGCCGCCUUUGAAUUAGGCUCAGCCAACUGGGCGAAUGAGAGUUCGGGCAUAAUACUGGACCACCUGUUAACUAAGGUGUGCGCUCUGGAAAACAUGGCCUCUGUGCAGCUGAUCACCAAUUUUCUUCCUCUGGGCCCCAGACUGCUAUGCGACACUGUUGUUCCCACAAUCCAGGCUUUCCAUGUGCUCACAACCAACCUGGUGAACCAAAGCACCGACAUCUAUGAUCUGAUUUUCCAGACUUUUGUUGGAGACCCUAGCACCUACAACACUGAAGUGGACUGGACAUCAACUCUCUCUCAAAUUGUGGGCUUCAACAUCUCAACUCUGAAAACUCUUAAUAUCAAUAUUACAUCUCCAGCUGAAGUGAAAGUUUUAGAGCUGCUGAAAAAUGCCACACUGUUUGUUCAGGAUGUUGAGCGGUAUACCAGCUUUCCCCCUCGCAUUCUUCAGGCUCUAUUAGAUUACCCUCUACCCAGAAGCAACAUGCAGAUCUUGGCAUGGUUGGCAAACCUGCACCAGUGCUCAGACCCCUCGUCUUUGCAACUGGACCCUACAGGGCAGGAGAUCUUCAGCACUUUCUGUGAACUGUCACAUGAAUGGUACAGCAUCACGGUUAUCUUUCUUCGUCAUGUGGACAUGAAGGAGGCUUUAUUCAGGCUGGUGUUGUCCAAAGAAAUUCAGGAUUUGGUGAGAAUCAUGCUAGAGCUGGUAAAGUUUUUGAUGGACAUAAUGCACAAACUGGUACCUGCCCUUAACAAACUGCAGGAAUACCUGACAAACAUAGGAGAACUAAACCUGGUGGCCAACCAAGAGUUCCACAGUCUGGUGAGGGGAAAGCGGUCCACCAUGUCUAGCAGGGCCACCUUUAGUACCAUCGCUCGUGCCUUGUGCAAAAACGGCAUCCUGACACUGUUCGCCAUCGCAAAAGUUCCUAUCGUAACCGAGACUGAUCCUUCCGUCCAGACGGACCACAAGAGAGAAGAGCUGAUUAAGAAGUUCAAAAUCCCACCCGAUGCUAGUCCCUUCUGUAUGAACCUCUACUUGGAUAUGGUGAACACUACAGGCGGUGCGGUGGCCUGGGCAUUCCUCAAACCCAUGCUGUUAGGACAGGUCCUGUACUCACCAGACACACCAGUGACGAGAGAGAUCAUGAGAAAGUCAAAUUCUACACUGCACCAGUUUGGUGAUCUAAAGCUUUAUGCAUCCGAGUGGAUAGAGUCAUCGUCAUAUGUGAUGCAGUCUGCCGACAUCCUGACAAAAACCUUGCCGAUACUUCAGAAUUCUCUGCGCAAUCCCUUUGUCCAAAACUUCAUUCAGACUCAGACCGGCAUUGAUGUUGCACAAAUGAGCUCAACUCUCAGCCAAUUCACAAACAUGACAGUCCUUUUAGAUAAAAACAAGUAUAUCAUGGAGCAGAUCACCACCCUCUCCAUGCUGAUGAUGAACCUUUCCUCCUGUGUCAACUUCGACCGAUACCGAGCUUUCAACUUCACUGAUGAACUCGACGAGCAGGCGGAGAGACUGGCUCAAAACCGCGAGCUCUAUGCCAGCAUCAUUUUCAAACUUCCCGAGGAGACCUCCAGCAGCCUGCCCCCGAACAUCGACUACACCAUUCGAAUGAACAUCGAGAAUGUCAUGCGCACCGACCGUGCAAGGAAUCCCUUCUGGGUGAAAGAUGCCUUCAUGUCGUCAACGACGACCCAGCGGUACAACCGAGGCUUUGUGUACCUGCAGGAGAGCAUCGAGAGAGCCAUCAUCGAAAUGCAGACGGGUAAAGCCAUGGAUGGGCCCGCGGUCCAGAUGCAGGCGUUCCCUUAUCCCUGCUACUACAAAGAUGAGUAUCUCAACAGCAUCUCUUUUGCCUUCCCAAUGGCACUCAUGAUUUCCUGGGUGCUGUUUGUCGCCCACUUUGUGAAGAAACUCGUCCACGAGAGAGAACUGCGACUUCAUGAGUACAUGAAAAUGAUGGGGGUCAAUCCCAUCAGCCACUUCUUUGCCUGGUUAAUUGAAAGUGCUGUGUUCCUUCUGGCGACCGUCAUCAUCCUCACCAUCAUUUUGAAAGCUGGCGGCAUCCUUCCUCGCAGCGAUGGCUUUGUUCUCUUCCUCUACCUUUGUGACUAUGGCUUCAGCGUCCUUGCAAUCAGCUUCCUGGUCAGCUCCUUCUUCGAUAAGACCAACAUCGCCGGGCUGAGUGGCAGUCUUAUCUAUGUUAUCUGUUUCUUCCCCUUCAUCGUGUUGAUCCACUUGGAGGACAAUCUUUCCUUCAGUGUGAAGAGCGCUCUGAGUCUCUUUUCUCCAACAUGCUUCAGUUAUGCCAGCCAGUAUAUCUCCCGCUAUGAAAAACAGGAAGAAGGCAUCCAGUGGAGCAACAUGUAUAUCUCUCCUCUGGCUGGUGACACUUCCUCCUUCGGUUGGCUCUGCUGGCUGCUCCUCAUUGACUCAGUAGUAUAUUUUAUCAUUGGAAUUUACAUCCGCAUAGUCUUCCCAGGAAAGUAUGGCAUUGGUGUUCCGUGGUACUUCCCUGUGACUCGGUCCUUCUGGACAGAUAUGUUCAGCUGCUGUAGCAGAACACCAAAGAAAAUAGGCAGAGGGUUGCUCUUUACCAACAUGAUGCAGGAACAAAACAGCACUGACAAGAGCAAAGGUAAAAGUAGCUUGGCGGAUAAUGGAGAAGACGACUUUUCAGGAUUGCCUGUUGGAGUCUCACUGCAUGGCCUGACAAAGACCUACGGCAACCGGCAUGCUGUAGACAACCUAAACCUCUCUUUCUAUGAGGGACAUGUCAGCUCUCUGCUGGGUCACAAUGGAGCUGGAAAAACCACCACUAUGUCACUUCUGACGGGGUUGUUUGCACCAACCAGUGGCACCAUUGAGGUGUAUGGGAUGGAUAUGCAGACAUCUAUAGAUGAUGUGCGUAAGGAGAUGGGCGUGUGCAUGCAGUAUGAUGUCCUGUUCGACCACCUUACCACAAAGGAACACCUGCUGCUAUAUGCUCAGAUCAAAGCUCCCCACUUGACCAAGCAGGAAGUGAACGAACAAGUGCAAAGAAUCCUAAUGGAAACAGACAUGCAUUCCCACCGCCACAAGCGUGUCGGCACCCUGUCAGGAGGUAUGAAGAGGAAGCUAUCCAUCUCCAUUGCCUUCAUCGGAGGCUCGCGGCUGGUGGUGCUAGAUGAGCCGACCACUGGGGUGGAUCCCUGUUCCCGACGCAGCAUCUGGGACAUUGUCCUUCAGCACAAGCAAGAUCAUACCAUCAUUCUUUCCACCCAUCACCUGGAUGAGGCUGAAGUUCUCAGUGACCGAAUCGCCUUCCUGGAGCGCGGAGGCCUCAAAUGCUGUGGUUCGCCCUUCUUCCUCAAAGACAAGCUGGCUAAGGGCUACAACCUCACCCUCACAAAGAAGGUUCAGACUCCUGAUUCAAACGAAAAGUUGAACAUCGAAGAACUCAGGGCUUUCAUUCAAUCCUACCUGCCUGACGCUCGGCAGAAGGAGGGAGAGGUGGGCGAUUUGGUCUAUGCCCUCCCACCGUACACCCCCCAGAACGCAGCUGCGUACCACUCUCUGCUCACCGGUUUGGAUCAGAACCUGGACAAGCUUCAGCUGGGCUGCUAUGGCAUUUCUGACACCACCCUGGAAGAGGUGUUCUUGCAGUUGACUCGAGACAACAUGGAGCCUACAGAAAGUGAAACCUGGUCUGUAUCAGAGUCUGUGAUUGCGAAUGACAUGUUUGCGUCAAGAGACAGCAUUUCUGACGAUCUCAACAGCACGUACCUCGGAGAGAAAGCCAGCCUCACUGGGACCUCAACAGUGCGUGGGCUUGCGUUGACUGUGCAGCGGGUGAUGGCUAUGUUGCUGAAACGCCUGCAUCACUCCAGGAGGGACUGGAAGGGACUGUUCUCCCAGGUGUUGUUGCCUGUACUCUUUGUAAUUGCUGCCAUGGGCCUGGGCUCCAUCAAGAGCGAUCUUCAGCACUUUCCUAAGAUUGUGCUCUCUCCUGCACUGUACCACAUUGAUGAACAGCAUACCUUCUUCAGGUUAGACUCACUUUCCAUCUCUAUAUCCAGCCACCCUUACCCUGGCCAAGUGCAAGAUGAGGAUCUCAUGGUGGGUGGUUUGGUCAGCAUCCUGGUUGCGCUCUGUGUCCUCACUGGAUACUCUAUCAUGACUGCCAGCUUUGUCAUCUAUGAGGUUCACGAACAUCACACAGGCUCCAAGAGACUCCAGCAGAUCUCUGGCAUCAGCGAACCUUUCUACUGGAUCAUCAACUUCUUCUAUGAUAUGGCUCUUUACGUGAUUCCCGUGGUCCUCUCGGUGGCGAUGAUAGCAGCGUUCCAGCUCCCAGCAUUCACAGACAGGCAGAACCUCGGCGCGGUCACACUUCUGCUGGUGCUAUUUGGCUUCUCCACCUUCCCUUGGAUGUACCUUCUGUCUGCGGUAUUUAAGGAUACUGAGAUGGCCUUCAUCGGUUAUGUUUGCAUCAAUCUCUUCAUCAGUGUCAACACCAUCAUCUCCACAUCCAUUCUUUACUUCCUGGGUCAGCUCAACCAGAAUGACCAGAGCAUCCAGAAUGUGUACCGUACCAUGAGCAACAUAUUCCUAGUCUUCCCUCAGUUCAGCUUUGGCAAUGGGUUGAUGGAGUUGGCACGGGUUGACAUGCAGGUGCAGAUCUUGAGUGUUUUUGGAGUGGAUGCCUACAAGAACCCCUUCAGCAUGGAUGUUCUGGGCUGGAUGUACAUCUCCAUGUUCCUGCAGGGUUUCAUCUGCUUCACGCUUCGCCUGCUAUUUAACAAGACACUCCUGCGCAAAGUCAGAUGCUGGAAGAAGAAUGUUGUUCAGAGCUAUAGCCCCAAUGAAGAUGAAGAUGUGGUGGCUGAACGUCUGCGUGUGGACCGUGGGGAUGCGAGUGCCGAUAUUCUGCAGGUUAAUCAUCUGACUAAGGUGUUCCAAAACCUGAACAAGAGGGUACAGGCAGUGAAGAGGCUGUCUGUGGGCAUCCCAGCUGGCGAGUGCUUUGGAUUGCUGGGAGUCAAUGGUGCAGGAAAGACGACUACCUUCAAGAUGCUGACAGGAGACAUUAGCCCCACCGAUGGCUCGGCCAAGAUCCGUGACAUUGACGGGAGAUUGGUUGACAUCAUAGACUGCAGGAGAGAGGGCAUAAACAUUGGUUACUGCCCUCAGGUGGACGCACUGGAUGACCUCUUGACUGGAGAAGAGCAUCUCUAUUUUUACGCCCGCAUCAGGGGCAUCUCUAAGAGGGAGAUUGACCGGGUUGUGAACUAUCUGUUGAAAAAGUUGGAGCUGAAUUACCACAGAAACAACACAAGUGAGAGCUACAGUUGUGGAACACGCCGGAAACUGUCGACAGCCUUGGCCCUGAUCGGAAACCCUCAGAUCCUUCUCCUGGAUGAACCCAGCUCUGGAAUGGACCCACGUUCCAAACGUCACCUUUGGAAGAUCAUCUCUGAGCAAGUGAUGGGCAAAUGUGCUGUGGUCCUGACAUCACACAGUACAGAUGUUGUGAACUAUCUGUUGAAAAAGUUGGAGCUGAAUUACCACAGAAACAACACAAGUGAGAGCUACAGUUGUGGAACACGCCGGAAACUGUCGACAGCCUUGGCCCUGAUCGGAAACCCUCAGAUCCUUCUCCUGGAUGAACCCAGCUCUGGAAUGGACCCACGUUCCAAACGUCACCUUUGGAAGAUCAUCUCUGAGCAAGUGAUGGGCAAAUCUGUACUGCAAAUCAAACACUUCUCAGUCUGCCAGACCACUCUAGAUGAGGUUUUCAUUAACUUUGCCAUGGGGAAGACGGACACAGACGAACAGGAAGUCACUGAAGGAACGGACAUUGACAGUCUAGACUCGUACAAUGCUUUGGACCAAUGAAAUACUUGCACAUUAUACCAUUCAAUGAACCUCAAUAAAAGAUAUUAAUUUAAUAUGUAAGAAAUAUUUUACAUGCUAUGUCAUAUUUUAGUGUUGUGAUUUUAAACUAUUUUGCAUUGAAUGAUGA